AUGACUAGCAAUAUACCAGCGGCGCUACGAUCCGCAGAUAUCGGGCGCUUUGCUAUCAGAGCAGCGCAGAUCGAAAAAGCAAAGCCCGUGAUCGCCUACUGGUGUCACUACCACAUUGUGAACCAGAUCAUUGAAAGAGGUCUUCACAACUCCGAUGAUGAGGUCAAAAAUUACACCAUAAGCCUUGUGGAGAAGCUGGAGCAGUUCAAAAGCGAAAACUCUGAGAAUGAGACCGUCACGGACAACGAUGCAGCUAGUGCAUAUGUGGAACAAUUCGGCAUAGAAAUCUUUAAUCGCGCCGAGGCGGCCAUGACUGCCAACAAAGUGACCAAACAAACCGCCGACACUUUUCAAGCUGCGGCAAUAUUCCUUGAGCUUUGUCAGAUCUGGGGGGAGCUGGACCCAGAAAUCGCUGGAAGAGUCAAAUUUGCCAAAUACCAUGCGGUCCGCAUCGUUAAGGCGAUCAGGGCCGGGGAGGACCCAAAUGAGACAAACCCGGCUCCUAAAUCUGAGGAGGAAGAAGAAGUCCAGACUACCGAUCAGGAUGUCCAGGCCUUCGAUCAGUCGGUAGCAGAGCAAGCCACAAAACCACGACAGCCGUCGGUGGAGGAGAUUCCCGACGAGGCUGAUCGUCUUAGUCGCCAAUUAGCUCUUCAGUCCAACUUGGAUGAAUCUUUGCACCCGUCUCGAACGUCUUCUCAGCCGAGGGCAGCUACCACCACUGAGCCUGAUAUUCCCUCGGUACCAAGCAACCCUCCUGGCACCCCAGGCAAAGUUCGUGAUGUCGGCCCCUCCAGCUCAGGAGGGCUUGAUCUACCCUCCACACCUGGGACAAUUGGCGGUAAGACCAACGACAUGACCCCUUCAAUUGAUCUCCCAGACACUCCAGGGACAAAAGAGCUUCACGGGUUCCCCGGCACACAUAAUCCGAAUACUUUCCAAUCGUUCCCCCCUCCGUCCGCAACAAGCCCGUCCAUUGAGGCGCCCAACCCGACUUCUUUCUACGAUGCGCCAAGCACUAAUCUCAACAUCCCUCCACCUACGGCAAGUUCCUCAGUACCUGCGCCAUCUACGCAGGCUCCCUCGGCACCCGCCCCGGCCCCGUCUGCACCCAGUCAGCCCGCUCACUCGGUGGAUGACCAUAAUAUCUCGCUGGCUCAAAAGCAUGCCCGCUGGGCAGUCUCAGCCCUGACUUUUGACGACGUGAAUACUGCUAUCAAAGAGCUGAAGAGUGCGUUGAAAUUGCUUGGUUCCGAAUAA